ACAAAGCGCCGGGUCACGUGGGCGGGCCGGUGCGCUUUGUGACGCAGAUGGCCCCGCCCCGGGCCCGCCUAUCCGCGCACGCCCAAGCCCCGCCUCGCGUGCGCCGCCCGUGCAGUCCCUGCUUAAGAGACCCCGGAGUGGGGGCGCUCGCCCGAAGCCAGGCCGCGUCCGCCAUAGUGCCUGGCGCGGAGGUGUCGUCGGCGCAGGGUGCGGGCCGGAGAGCGGCCGGGGUGGGGGGGCAGAACAAAAAAAAAAUAAUAAAGAGGGAAUCCAGCGAAGCCCUCGCCGUCGCCCGACCGUUUCCGGGCUUCCCGACGCGGUCGUGGGCUCAGAGGCGACAGGAGCGGGAGCAGCGCGAGGAGCAGCAAGAGGAAGAGUCGGGCAGCCUCGGUGGUGUUCCCGGGGCCAACGAAGCCUCCUUCCGGGGCCCGGGGUGGUGAGGAAGGGCCUCGCGGCCUAGCUGGGCCCCGCACCGGCUUUGUGUCAGGCGGCGGCGGGGGGGAGGCGGAGCCGAACCGGGCGGCCGCUGGAAGGCCUCUCCUCCGCCGACCGCGCGAUCUCGGCCUAGGCCGCGGGCCGCUCGUGGCCUCCGGGGAGCAGGCGCCAGGGUGUGUGUGCGGUGGGGGCCUGGGCCUGGGGACGCCGACGCCGGUCGUCCGGAAGCCGGGAGGAGGCGAAAGGCCGCUCGUGGACUCCGGGCCUAGGCCCUCUCCCCGCAACCUUCUCCCGGGGCCUGGGUCACCCCCAUCCACGGAGAGAGACUAGCCGGGAGGUGCGGCCGCUAUGGACCCCUGACCCCGCGGGGUCAUUCGGACUCUAACGUGUGGACUGACCGCUACUGACUGCACCGCCUGCCCCCGUCUCCUGCCGGCCCUUAGCAUGAGCGAGUGGGACCCAGCCGGGUGACAUUGUGCCGGUUGGCGGAUCCUCGAUUGCCCCUUUCCUGUCCUGCUCCUCCCUCAUGAAGCGAUUCUGAGUACGGGGGGGUUCCGGAUUAUUGUUCUCACGAACCCCCGCUUGUGGUUGGGGGGGUAUUUAAUCUGAGGCCUUAGGGUCCUUCGUUGUCUUUUGAGUGUUUUGUGUGUGUACAUAUUUUGCUCUUAAGUUUAUAAAUAUACAUAUAUUGAGAGUGUCCACGUCUCCUCGCUGAACCUUAGGAAUCCUUUGCCACAAUGUCCUGUGUGCACUAUAAAUUUUCCUCUAAACUCAACUACGACACCGUCACCUUUGAUGGGCUCCAUAUCUCCCUCUGCGACUUAAAGAAGCAGAUUAUGGGGAGAGAAAAGCUGAAAGCUGCCGAUAGCGAUCUGCAGAUCACCAACGCACAGACGAAAGAAGAAUAUACUGAUGAUAAUGCACUAAUUCCUAAAAAUUCAUCUGUAAUUGUCAGAAGAAUUCCUAUUGGAGGUGUUAAGUCUACAAGCAAGACAUAUGUUAUAAGUCGAACUGAACCAGUGAUGGGAACUACAAAAGCAAUUGAUGACUCUUCUGCAUCUAUUUCUCUGGCCCAGCUUACAAAGACUGCCAAUCUGGCUGAAGCCAAUGCUUCUGAGGAAGACAAAAUUAAAGCAAUGAUGUCGCAAUCUGGCCAUGAAUACGACCCAAUCAAUUACAUGAAGAAAACUCUAGUAGGUCCGCCACCUCCAUCCUAUACCUGCUUUCGUUGUGGUAAACCUGGUCAUUAUAUUAAGAAUUGCCCAACAAAUGGGGAUAAGAACUUUGAAUCUGGUCCUAGGAUCAAAAAGAGCACUGGAAUUCCUAGAAGUUUUAUGAUGGAAGUGAAAGAUCCUAACAUGAAAGGUGCAAUGCUUACGAACACUGGAAAAUAUGCAAUACCAACUAUAGAUGCAGAGGCCUAUGCAAUUGGGAAGAAAGAGAAACCACCCUUCUUACCAGAGGAACCAUCAUCAUCUUCAGAAGAAGAUGAUCCUAUCCCAGACGAGCUCUUGUGCCUCAUCUGCAAAGACAUUAUGACUGAUGCCGUUGUCAUUCCCUGCUGUGGAAACAGUUACUGUGAUGAAUGUAUAAGAACAGCACUCCUGGAGUCAGAUGAACAUACAUGUCCAACAUGUCAUCAGAAUGAUGUUUCUCCUGAUGCUUUAAUUGCCAACAAGUUUUUACGACAGGCUGUUAAUAACUUUAAAAAUGAAACUGGCUAUACAAAAAGACUACGAAAACAGUUACCUCCACCCCCACCCCCAAUACCAGCACCAAGACCACUCAUUCAGCGGAACCUGCAGCCUCUGAUGAGAUCUCCCAUAUCAAGACAGCAGGAUCCUCUGAUGAUUCCAGUGACAUCUUCCUCAGCUCACCCAACUCCAUCUAUAUCUUCAUUAACUUCAAAUCCAUCUUCUUUGGCCCCUUCUGUGCCUGGAAAUCCAUCUUCUGCCCCAGCUCCAGUACCUGAUAUAACUGCAACAGUAUCUAUAUCAGUCCAUUCAGAAAAAUCAGAUGGACCCUUUCGGGAUUCUGAUAAUAAAUUAUUACCAGCUGCCGCCCUUGCAUCGGAACAUUCAAAGGGAGCCUCAUCAAUUGCUAUUACUGCUCUUAUGGAAGAAAAGGGUUACCAGGUGCCAGUCCUUGGAACUCCAUCUUUAUUGGGACAGUCAUUAUUACAUGGACAGUUGAUCCCUACAACUGGUCCAGUAAGAAUAAAUGCUGCUCGUCCAGGUGGUGGCCGACCAGGUUGGGAACAUUCCAACAAGCUUGGGUACCUAGUUUCUCCACCACAGCAAAUUAGAAGAGGAGAAAGAAGCUGUUACAGAAGUAUAAACCGUGGGCGACACCACAGCGAACGAUCACAGAGGACUCAAGGCCCAUCACUACCAGCAACUCCAGUCUUUGUGCCUGUUCCACCACCUCCUUUGUAUCCGCCUCCUCCCCAUACACUUCCUCUUCCUCCAGGUGUACCUCCCCCACAGUUUUCUCCUCAGUUUCCUCCUGGCCAGCCUCCACCAGCAGGAUAUAGUGUCCCUCCUCCAGGGUUUCCACCAGCUCCUGCCAAUAUAUCAACACCUUGGGUAUCGUCAGGAGUGCAGACUGCCCAUUCAAAUACCAUCCCUACAACACAAGCACCUCCUUUGUCCAGGGAAGAGUUCUAUAGAGAGCAACGACGACUAAAGGAAGAGUCUAAAUCUCCCUAUAGUGGGUCAUCGUAUUCAAGAAGUUCAUACACUUACUCAAAGUCAAGGUCUGGCUCAACACGUUCACGCUCUUACUCUCGGUCCUUCAGCCGCUCACACUCUCGCUCCUAUUCACGAUCGCCCCCAUACCCCAGGAGAGGCAGAGGCAAGAGCCGCAAUUACCGUUCACGGUCCAGGUCUCAUGGAUACCACCGAUCUAGGUCAAGGUCACCUCCCUAUAGACGAUACCACUCACGGUCGAGAUCUCCUCAAGCAUUUAGGGGACAGUCUCCCACUAAACGCAAUGUACCUCAAGGAGAAACAGAGCGUGAGUAUUUUAAUAGAUACCGAGAAGUUCCACCCCCUUAUGACAUCAAAGCCUAUUAUGGGCGGAGUGUCGACUUUAGAGACCCAUUUGAGAAAGAACGCUACCGGGAAUGGGAGAGGAAAUACCGAGAGUGGUAUGAGAAGUACUACAAAGGGUACGCAGUGGGAGCGCAGCCUAGACCCUCGGCCAACAGAGAAGACUUUUCUCCAGAGAGACUCUUACCCCUUAAUAUCAGAAAUUCACCCUUCACAAGAGGACGCAGAGAAGACUACGCUGCUGGACAAAGUCAUAGAAAUAGAAAUCUAGGUGGCAACUAUCCAGAAAAGCUUUCAACAAGAGACAGUCACAAUCCAAAAGAUAAUCCAAAAUCGAAAGAGAAGGAGAGUGAGACUGUUCCAGGAGAUGGCAAAGGAAACAAGCAUAAGAAGCACAGGAAACGAAGAAAGGGGGAAGAGAGUGAGAGCUUCCUGAACCCAGAGCUACUGGAGACUUCUAGGAAACCCAGGGAAUCAUCAGGGAUUGAUGAGACUAAGGCAGAUACACUGUUCGUUCUCCCGAGCAGAGACGAUGCUACACCUGUUAGGGAUGAGCCAAUGGAUGCAGAAUCGAUCACUUUCAAGUCAGUGUCUGAAAAAGACAAGAGAGAAAAGGAUAAGCCAAAAGUAAAAAGUGACAAGACCAAACGGAAAAGUGACGGGUCUGCUACAGCCAAGAAAGACAAUGUUUUAAAACCUUCUAAAGGAGCCCAAGAAAAGGUAGACGGAGACCGUGAAAAAUCUCCCCGGUCUGAACCUCCACUCAAAAAAGCCAAAGAGGAGGCUACAAAGAUUGACUCAGUAAAACCUUCCUCAUCUCAGAAAGAUGAGAAGGUCACUGGAACCCCUAGGAAAGCCCACUCUAAAUCUGCAAAAGAACACCAGGACACCAAGCCAGUCAAGGAGGAGAAGGUGAAAAAGGACUGUUCCAAAGACAUCAAGUCAGAAAAGCCAGCCAGUAAGGACGAGAAGGCCAAGAAGCCUGAGAAAAAUAAACUACUUGAUAGCAAGGGAGAGAAACGGAAGAGAAAAACUGAAGAAAAGAGUGUAGAUAAAGAUUUUGAGUCUUCAGUGAAAAUCUCUAAAGUAGAAGGAGCAGAAAUAGUGAAACCAUCACCAAAGCGGAAAAUGGAAGGUGAUGUUGAAAAGCUGGAAAGGACCCCAGAAAAAGACAAGAUUGCAUCAUCAACUACCCCAGCUAAAAAAAUCAAACUCAACAGAGAAACUGGAAAAAAAAUUGGAAAUGCAGAAAACACAUCUACUACAAAAGAACCCUCUGAAAAAUUGGAGUCAUCAUCUAGCAAAAUCAAACAGGAAAAAGUCAAGGGAAAGGCCAAACGAAAAGUAGCUGGGACUGAAGGCUCCAGCUCCACGCUUGUGGACUAUACCAGUACAAGCUCAACUGGAGGCAGUCCUGUGAGAAAAUCUGAAGAAAAGACAGAUACAAAGAGAACAGUCAUUAAAACUAUGGAGGAAUAUAAUAAUGAUAAUACAGCUCCUGCUGAAGAUGUUAUAAUUAUGAUUCAGGUUCCUCAGUCCAAAUGGGAUAAAGAUGACUUUGAAUCUGAAGAAGAAGAUGUUAAAGCCACACAGCCUAUACAGAGUGUAGGGAAACCAUCUAGUAUUAUAAAAAAUGUUACUACUAAGCCAUCAGCUACAGUUAAGUACACUGAGAAAGAAAGUGAGCAGUCUGAGAAAAUUCAGAAGCUUACCAAGGAGGUGAGCCAUGAGCUGAUGCAGCAUGAGCUCAGGGGCUCAAAGGGCUCUGCGUCCAGUGAGAAGGGGAGAGCCAAAGACCGGGAUCACUCAGGGUCAGAGAAGGACAACCCUGACAAGAGGAAGAGCAAUGCCCAGCCAGACAAGGAGAGCACUGUGGACCGCCUGAGUGAACAAGGACAUUUUAAGAAUCUCUCUCAAUCUUCCAAAGAGACCAGGACUUCAGAGAAGCAUGAGUCUGUUCGUGGUUCCUCAAAUAAAGACUUCACUCCUGGUAGAGACAAGAAAAUGGACUAUGACAGCAGAGAUUAUUCCAGUUCCAAACGAAGAGACGAGAGAAGUGAAUUAGCAAGAAGAAAAGACUCUCCUCCUCGGAGUAAAGAUUCUUUAUCUGGACAGAAAAGUAAGCUGAGGGAGGAGAGAGAUUUACCUAAAAAGGGGGCAGAGUUGAAAAAAAGUAAUUCUAGCCCCCCAAGAGACAAAAAGCCUCAUGAUCAUAAAGCCUCCUACGAAACUAAACGCCCAUGUGAAGAGACAAAGUCUGUAGAUAAAAACUCUGGGAAGGAACGGGAGAAGCAUGUUGCUGAAGCUAGAAACGGGAAAGAGUCCAGUAUCAGCAAAUUGCCAUAUAUACCUAAUGCACCAGACCCUCCCAUUGAGAAGGAGCCGGUUCCUGGGCAGAUUGAGAAGAACACCAUCAAGCCAAAACCCCAGUCAAGUCAUUCCUCUAGGCUUUCCUCUGAUCUAACUAGAGAGACUGAUGAGGCUGCCUUUGAACCAGACUAUAACGAGAGUGACAGUGAGAGUAAUGUGUCUGUGAAGGAAGACGCUGUUGCCAGUAUCUCCAAGGACUUGAAAGAGAAAACAACAGAGAAAGCAAAAGAGAGCUUGAAUGUAACAGCAGCCAGCCAGCCAGCUGCAGACAGGAGCCAGAGCCAAAGUAGCCCCAGUGUUAGUCCAAGUAGAAGUCAUAGCCCUUCUGGUAGCCAGACCCGAAGCCACAGCAGCAGUGCCAGCUCAGCAGGAAGCCAAGACAGCAAAAAGAAGAAGAAAAAGAAAGACAAAAAAAAGCACAAGAAGCAUAAAAAGCACAAGAAGCAUAAGAAGCACGCAGGCGCGGAUGGCGAGGUGGAGAAGAGCCAGAAACACAAACACAAGAAGAAGAAGGCGAAAAAGAACAAAGAUAAGGAGAAGGAGAAAGAUGACCAAAAAGUGAAAUCUGUCACUGUGUGAAGGACGGAUGUUUUAAUUGACUUAAUGACUAAGUCAUCUGUAUUAAAUUCUGUUAUAAUGUAAAGAGAUUCCAGCCUUGUAAAUAAGGAAUGGAAGACCCUGUGCUGCACUUAAAAGUAUUUGCUGCUUGAUUAUUUCAUUUUUACAUCAGAGCUUUAUAACGAACUUUUGUACAGAAUUGUGAGUUGUGACCAUGGAACAUGAGAGGUUUUGCUAGGGCCUAUUAUUUUUAACCACCAUUAAUUAGUUGGGGUGGAGUUUACUGUACUGUGAAAUUUUCACAUUUGAAUUUUUUUAAUUGCCUGGCAAAUGCUGAUAUCAGUUCAAAAAUAUCAGCAGAAUGAUUUGCUGAACUCAUUACAGCCCCGUUAUGUCACUUUUUGAUUACAAUAAAAGUUUUCAGUAAACUUUUCA